AUGGACUCUCUGAUUCCUGACUCGGUGAUAAAGAAGCUUGACAUUGACAGAAUCAGCUCCAUUUUCCACGAUUCCCUUCUGCUUUGUUCUGGCCACGCUUCCUCGGAAACACGAACGAUUAUAUCGGAGAUACUCCUUAACGCAGCUAAUAGAGCUGCAGUGGACGAAGAGAGACGAUCAAGGGUUAGUGUUGCUUAUUUUCGACCUUGCCAGUUGGUGAAUCUCAAGCGAAUUCACAUUCACUCCACUCCACCCUUCGAUUUCGCUAAUUGGGACUCAAUUCGCUUCUAUGAUAAAUCAACAGAGGACUCUUUAAUUAGCUUCUUCUCUCAAAUACAUCUCCUCAAUAGAAUUCCAAAUCUUAUCGUCAUUGAACAACUCGAUCGGAUCAUCGGCUCGGAGGUAGUCAAGAAACUAAGUUAUGACCUUUAUAAAUCUUUAGCCGCAUUUGUUAGUAUCUACGUCCUUCAAGUGGAGUGCGGAAUACCAUUUGCUAAUACCACGAACAGCCCCGACCUCCUCUCGCUUUUCCAUUGGCUGCUUACUUGCCCUUCCUCCUCCUCUCGCUUUGCCUACUUUGCCGAGUUCAGUUUAGUGGAAAUCCCCUUAAUCGCUCUAAUGAUGGAAGACCUUGGAAUCCAUGUCAUUGGCAGGAAGUUCUUCUUGCAGAUGUUGGAACUAAAUUUAGCGAAUUCGCUGGCAGCAAUUGCGCCCCAAACCACGACCGCUGCCGCUGGCAUUCCUAUCGCAAUUUGGCUUCUUUUCCGUCUGCGAUCUCUACCAAGAUGGGGUUUUAUUCUCUCUCGAAACUAUCCUCCUCUCUAUUUCAACCGUGAAGACUUCCUGGCUAGACUCCAUGCCCUGACGAGCCUAUUUGCCGACAGUCUGAAGCAUCUCCAGUCGCGUCAAAGGAGCAAACCUUCUUCAUCCUUGAAUACUCCUCCAUCUCCCGAGUCAUCUCCCUGUCGUCUACUAGUCAGCUGUUUCCUGCCCACCACAAUCUGCUCGGACCAAUCAGCUCUGCCUCUUAGUCACCUGCCACACGGACUCCAUCAAGCGUGUCUCUUGACUCUUGAAGACGACUCUCAUUUUUCUCUGGCCGAUAUCAACAAGGUAUUUGAGUUCAAGCUCCUUCUGAAGGAAGAGGAGUUAUUCUUCUCUUCCUUUCUGUACGACGCCGACCUCCUUCGUCUCACGCAGUAA